GUUAAAAAUAUUGUCCAUCAGCGCGAAGGACGUUCGUUGGUCUAAAUCACUCAAAUUGGGCGUGACUGUAUUUGUUGUUGUUUCUGGGGCAAGAAGUAGCUAGCUAGUUAGAACAGUCGGCUAUUUAAGAAUACAUUUCGUUUAAAUAAUUUAAUACAAAAUUACUGUUCGUCGUGCUCAUUAUAUGAUAGCGUUGGUUACGUGAAGAGUCGGUGGGAACGAUUGGCGUGGAAUUUUCACUUGUAUUUGUUUUUAUUACGUGUUUCCAAAGAAGAUGGACAGUCAGUACCAGCGCUCUGUACCACUGGAGGUGAGGAGGGCAGAGGGUGAGAGGGUGCGAGCCAAGCAUCCCGACAAGAUACCGAUCAUUGUGGAGAGGGCUGCCAGGUCGAGAGCUCCUGACCUGGACAAGAAGAAGUACCUCGUGCCCUCUGACCUCACAGUGGGUCAACUGUGCUUCCUGAUCCGACAGCGUGUGUCUAUGAGACCUGAGGAGGCUCUCUUCUUUUUCGUCAACAACUCCCUUCCCCCAUCCAGUUCUCCUCUCUCUGCUGUCUAUGAGGAGCAUCAUGAAGAGGACCUGUUCCUAUACAUGACCUACAGUAAUGAGAGCGUCUACGGUGCCUGAGACGGGACAAAAAGGAGGAAAGAGAGAGAAAGACAGGAGAUGGGAGAGAGCUCUUUGUAAUAUUUCACCACUAUUAUUCUUUAUUAAGUAUUUAGGAGAUGGCUGUGGGGAGGAGAGAGGGUGGGGUGGAGAGUUAGUUGGUAAGAUUUGUAUAAGUUUUCUCAGUAUUUUGGGGGUGAUCAUAUUCUGUGUCAGUAUACUCUCAACCAUUCUGAAUUGGAAAAAUAAUGGGGUAGUUGGAAAUAGGGGGAAUGAAAAAGAGAUUUCAGUAAAAGAAGAGUGUUAAGGGGAAAGCUCUUGAUUUCCAUAUUUUGUUUCUCAGCCAGUCAUUUGUAUUUAAUGCAAAUUGUAUUUUUUUUGUAAAUUAAUAUCAUUAAUUUUUGUGGAAAAUAAAAUUCAAAAUGCAUGGUU